GCUAGUGUUUGCUGGAGUCUGUUAGGGCUGUGAUACACCCAUCCUCAAGUGGGGCUGAGACAUUAAAAAUAUACCUGGGCCUACUUGAGAAGAUAUAAAUUCAUGUCCCUCCCAACCAAAGUAGGCAAAGGAGGGAUUGCAUUUAUACUAACAAACUCUUCCUUUUCUUUUCAGACUUUUAGUAAGAAGCGAAACCUUAAGGGAAAAGCACUUGAUUCCCGCCACAAACUGUCAGAUAUUAGUGCAGGGAGUUGAUAAAUCUGAAACCCAUGACUCGGGAGAUGGAACAAGGUUCAGUGGAGAUCAGCUUUCUCCCAGGCUCAAGGCCAGCACGGCCAGAGGAAACAGCAGAAACUCUAGACGGCCAGGCUGCUAAAACUGAACCCCUACAGGACAGGGGGAACUGGAAGGGAAAAUUUGACUUCCUUCUUUCCUGUGUGGGGUAUGCUAUUGGACUUGGGAAUGUCUGGAGAUUCCCUUACCUCUGUGGAAGAAAUGGUGGAGGUGCCUUCCUGAUCCCAUAUUUUAUGACACUGAUAUUUGCUGGGAUCCCUUUGUUCCUCCUGGAAACAGCUCUUGGUCAGUACACAGCCAUUGGAGGCCUCGGUGUGUGGAAGCUGGUUCCCAUGUUUAAAGGGGUUGGGGUGGCUGCUGUCAUCUUGUCAUUUUGGCUCAACAUUUACUACAUCGUGAUCAUAGCAUGGGCUCUCUACUACCUCUUCAGCUCUUUCACAACGGUACUUCCUUGGCAAAGCUGUGACAAUGAUUGGAACACAAAAGCAUGCUUCUCUAACUACUCUCUGGUAGAUACCACCAACCUGACCAGUGCAGUGACAGAAUUUUGGGAGCGAAAUAUGCACCAAAUUACCAAUGGUCUAGAUGAACCAGGGAAUUUGCGAUGGCCUCUGGCUGGCACGCUGGCCCUCUCUUGGAUCCUUGUUUAUUUCUCAAUCUGGAAAGGCGUGGAAUGGACGGGAAAGGUUGUGUACUUUUCUGCCACUUACCCCUAUGUCAUGUUGAUCAUUUUAUUCUUCCGUGGAGUGACUCUCCCAGGAGCAAAGGAAGGGAUUUUGUUCUACCUAACUCCCAAUUUCAACAAACUCUCAAGCUCGGAAGUCUGGCUUGAUGCAGCCACACAGAUUUUCUUCUCCUAUGGACUUGGUCUGGGAUCACUUAUUGCUUUGGGCAGCUAUAAUAGCUUCCACAACAAUGUUUACAGAGAUUGCCUUAUUGUGUGCAGCAUAAACUCCUGUACGAGCAUAUUUGCUGGAUUAGUCAUUUUCUCUGUCAUUGGAUUCAUGUCCCACAUCACAAAGAAACCAAUAAGUGAGCUUGCUUCAUCAGGUCCCGGGCUGGCAUUUCUGGCUUAUCCACAGGCUGUGACACAGCUGAAUCCAGCUUCACUAUGGGCCAUUCUCUUUUUCUCCAUGUUACUGAUGCUUGGUCUUGACUCACAGUUCUGCACAGUGGAAGGCUUUGUUACUGCCCUAAUGGACGAAUACCCUCAAAGCCUGCGAUCUCAUAAAAAGCUGUUCAUUGCAUUGGUGUGCCUCAUUUCAUACCUCAUUGGAUUAAGUAAUGUUACUCAGGGUGGCCUCUAUGUGUUCAAGCUGUUUGACUAUUAUUCCGCUAGUGGGAUGACCCUGCUCUUUCUGGUUUUCUUUGAGACUAUCUCAAUAUCUUGGUUUUAUGGAGUUAACAAGUUUUAUAAAAACAUUGAGGAAAUGAUUGGGUACAAGCCUUGCAUUUGGUGGAAGCUUUGUUGGGUAUACUUUACACCCAUUAUAGUUCUGGGAGUAUUUCUCUUCAGUGUUGUUGAAAUGUCACCAUUGACCCUUGGGGAUUACAUUUACCCCAAAUGGGGGCAGGGGAUUGGCUGGUUCAUGGCAGUCUCCUCCAUGGUCUUUAUCCCAGGAUACAUGGUCUAUAUGUUUUUCACCACCAAAGGAACACUCAUACAGCGUUUACUAGUAAUGAUACAACCCAGGCAAGAGGUCAUAAUUCACAACAAUGGGCUGCAAGCCACCCAGUCCCUCAGCAGAAGCUUUGAUGAUGACACUGUUUAAGGGUUUAUCUGUGUAAGAAAACAGCUUUAUUCCAUCCACCACCAACCCCUCCCCACUUUUGCUAUUUCACAGUAAUCCACACAUUGAAUUAGAUUGCAUAGUUAAAUUGGGGUUUGUCCUACUGAACUGGUUUCAGUUACAAAAAUAUGGUUUUGAUGAAUUCUACCUGGUAAGCAUUAAACAUCAAUUUUCACACUGUGCCAUAGUAUUGUGAAUAAAACUAAUUCCCUCUUUCCUGUUACAUUGUCAAUCUACCCGAUAGAGGUGCUCUACACUGUGAGGAUAUUUGUUCUCACUUUUUACAGAUAUGAUUGUUACCACCAAAGGACUUGGAGAUAAUCCAAACAUCCCCGUGGAUAACCAUCUGCUGUGAGCCUUGUGAACAUUCUCUAAUAUUAGCAGGGCUUAAGAACAGUUAGAUUGUCUUUUGCUCUUCUGAGGAUGUAUAAAUGGGCUUCUCCUCAUUCGCUCUUUUGUUUCAUUCUUGGCACUCAAUUAUGACUUUUCCCUAUGAUACAAAAGAGAUCAGACAUUCAGGAAAAUAUUAUGUUCCAGCUGAAUGCCUUGAGCAUAGACAAACACAUAUUUAGAUGUUUGCUCUCAAAAGAAGAAAAUGAGUAAGUUAAUGAAGUAGAUGUUGACAUAUAUUUAUGUUGCCGUAAACAAGAGAAUACAUGUUUCCUGUUAUGGUGUUUACAGGAAUCUGUGACAGAGGCAGCAAGGCUGAUUAGCUGCUGACAAAAUAAAAGUUUAGAAAUACAAACACUGGAAAUCUGAAAUCAAAUAGGGAAACGUUAGAAAUGCACAGUAAAUCAGUUAGCACCUGAGAGUGCCAUAUUGAUUGAUGUGCUGCCUGGCAACUGGUGGAUCAGGUGAUAUUUAGCAACCUAACUGACCUAUCCAAAGAAGUGAAGACUUCUGAAACUCUAGCUAGUCUUGUUUCUACAAGCAAUGCCACCAAGAACAGAUUCAUAGAGAAUUUUAUUGAUACAUGGAGCUUUUAACCAAAACUAAAAUAAAUAUAUUUUUGUUUAAAAAUAAUUCAUCAGAAAUGUCUGAAUGGUUGUGAACUGAGUUUAGAUACACAGAGGAUAUAAAAGGCACCAUAUAAAAGGAAAUUCUAAUUAGUAGCCAUUCCAUGCAGC